AUGGCAGCGUGGGACCUUACAGUCACAGUGGAGGAUCUUGGUCCGGACGCCCCACCUCUUAAAGUCAGCGUGACCUCUGAUCUGCACAUUGGUGGAGUUAUUCUCAAAUUAGUUGAGAUGACCAAUCUGAAGAAGGACUGGUCCGAUCACGCCCUGUGGUGGGAGCAGAAGCAGCAGUGGCUGCUGAGGACCGGCUGGACUCUGGACAAAUGCGGGGUCCACGCAGACGCUCGCCUCUUCUUCACCCCGCAGCACAAGUCUCUGCGACUGGGCUUACCGAACGGGGCCACGCUGAAAAUGCGAGCCUGCUUCUCCAGUCCCGUAUUUCGCACAAUUAUGGGCAUCUGCAGGGUUAUCAAUUUACGUCACCCAGAGGAGCUCUCCUUGCUCCGUCCUGUUGAGGAAAAAAAGAAAAAGAAAGACAAAGACUCCUCAGAAGAGCUGUAUGAUAUUACAGAUGUUCCUCUAACCGCAGGCUCUGUUCAAGCUCUGUACAAUGGCAUGCCGGCUCAUUUUGCUGACUCUCCAAAGACUGAGGCUGUGUAUAAGAUGCUGUCUGUCAGUUUGCCCUCACCUGCUCCUGAAGUCAUGGCUAAACUCUACCGGCCAGCCAGUGUGGUGGACAAAACACAUAUCCACACCAGGUGGCUGGAUUCGUCUCGUUCACUAAUGCAGCAGGGAAUACAGGAGAAUGACAAACUAUCGCUUCGUUUCAAAUACUACACUUUUUAUGAUAUGGAUCCCAAGUAUGAUGCGGUGCGUUUGACGCAGCUGUAUGAACAAGCUCGCUGGGCUAUUCUCUUGGAGGACAUAGACUGCACAGAAGAGGAAAUGAUGCUCUUUGGAGCCCUGCAGUACCACAUAGGAAAACUGUCCUUGUCUCAGGACCUGGUCUCUUCCUGUCAAGGGAUGGAUGACUUGGACUCUGCCCUGAAAUCCCUGGAGGUCAAGAUGGUGGGAGAUAGCAACAGCACAGAGAUGCUGGAUAACAUGACUGCCCCAGAGCUGAAUGACCAUUUGAAAAUAUUUCGGCCUAAGAGACUAACUCUGAAGGGUUACAAGCAAUACUGGUGCAAAUUUCAGGACACAUCGAUCUCCUAUUAUAAAAGUGUAGAGGAUCGCUACGGAGAGCCCAUUCAACAACUGAACCUGAAAGGCUGUGAGGUUGCCCCUGAUGUCAACGUAGCGGGCCAGAAAUUCUGCAUCAAACUCCUCGUUCCUGCACCAGACGGCAUGAAUGAAAUCUACUUGCGAUGUGAAAAUGAGAAGCAGUAUUCUCAGUGGAUGGCCGCCUGUAAGCUGGCGUCCAAAGGCUUGACGUUACUGGACAGCUCGUACGAAAGUGAAGUGAAGAACAUCCAGACGUUCCUUUCAAUGCAGCGUUCAAACUCCGCAGCUCCCACGGCGCAGACUGACGACAGCAUCAACACACACAGCCUCGUCUCACCCAGAUACCAUAAGAAGUACAAGCCCAAACAGUUAACCCCUCGUAUCCUGGAGGCCUUUCAGAACGUGGCGCAGCUCUCUUUGACGUCUGCCAUCUUGAAGUUCCUGCAGAUCUGGCAAGCUCUGCCUGAUUUUGGAAUUUCUUACUUCAUGGUCAGGUUCAAGGGCAGUCGUAAGGACGAAGUUCUGGGCAUCGCCAACAACCGCCUGAUCCGUAUAGACCUGGGAGUCGGAGAUGUGGUGAAGACUUGGCGUUAUAAUAACAUGAGACAGUGGAACGUUAACUGGGACAUACGACAGGUGGCGAUUGAAUUCGACGGAAACAUUAACAUAGCGUUCAGCUGUGUGAACGCAGACUGUAAGGUUGUGCACGAGUACAUCGGAGGAUACAUCUUCAUGUCCACUCGCGGACGACAGCAAAGCGACACACUGAACGAGGAGCUCUUCCACAAACUCACCGGUGGCCACGAGGCUCUCUGAGCACAAAACAGAGAAACCUGCAAAGAAAAACAUUACUGGAGCUACAAAUGGAGGAAACUAAGAAUUGAGUGUUAGCACUGUACUGUCCCUUCCCCUGUUUUUUUUUUUGUUUAAUUUCAUUUAGUGUUCAAUAUACAAGCAUUUGAAUUGAAAUAUGGACGUUUUCCACAACGUUACGAGCAUCUAAUGAGUCUGUAUAAAUCAUGCCACCUAAUAUAAUAAGUGGCUAAUGUGGAAAUAUGACAAAAUGAAUGAUUUCUGAUAUAUUUUUUUAAAUAUCUUACUAUAAUGAAUUUUGACAUAAAACACUUAUUAUUUAGCAGUGUGUCUAAAUUUCUGCCAUCUCAUACGAUAAACAGCUCAGGAAACCACUGUCUAACCACUGAUAUUAGUCACUAGUCUAAAGCUAUCUAUCUCAGUCCAACAGAGUUUCAGUUACUUUUACCAGGAUUAUUUUUAGAUAGUCCUCAGUGUCAUUAUGGGAGAGGAUGUUUAGUUUUGAGUUAACAAAGUGCCAUCUCUUCAUUGUCCUUGUGAGUUCACCACCUUGCUGAUUCUCCAUUACUAUUAUUACGUAUGAGAAAAAUAAUGUGUUAAAAUAUUGUGAAUAUUAUUAAGCAUUAUGGUAUACUAUUAUAUUCCUUUAAACUAGUGCUGUCGAAUGAUUAGUCCCGAUUAAUCACAUCCAAAAUAAAAGUUUUUCUUUACAUAA